CAAUAACACCACAAAUUCACUGUUUAAAUACUCAACAUUUAUUAUUAGUUUAAGUAUGAAUACUACCCUAAAAUGACCGAAGAUGAAGAAUCGGCUUGUGACGAUUAUAAAAAACAUUGUCCGAGUGGUAAAUGCAAUCCAAUACACUUGAGAAACUUGCCUUGUCGAGAGAAAACGAAAGAGGCAUGCCAAGCACUAAUAUUAACCAAAGAACAACUGGAUAAUUACAUGGAAACGUUUUUGGAUAAUAUUCAAAGAGGAUUGAAGAAGACUACUAAUGCUUGUGCUAGUGUGAAAUGUUUCCCAACGUACGUUCAAAAUUUACCAGAUGGUACAGAAAACGGAAAGUUCCUAGCAUUGGACCUAGGUGGCAGCAAUUUUAGAAUACUUAUGAUAACUAUCACACAAGGAAAAGAUAUGGAUAUAAUUAACGAAGUAAUAGAAAUACCGGCAAAUCUAAUGACCGGGAAAGGUGAUAACCUUUUUAAUUUUAUUGCUCAGAAACUGAGCGAAUUUUGUGCUAAUAACGGUGUUUCUAACGACAAUUUACCGCUAGGUUUUACAUUUAGCUUUCCUUUGGUACAAAAGGGAUUGAAAGUAGGAAUUCUUGAGCGCUGGACCAAAGGGUUCAAUUGCGAAGGUGUGAUAGGCGAGGAUGUGGUUAAACUUCUAGAAGAAGCAAUCGAGAGGAGAGGAGAUGUAAAAGUUAAUAUUGUAGCUGUGCUUAACGAUACAACAGGAACGCUAAUGGCCUGCGCUUUCAAGCACAGAAAUUGCAAAAUUGGAUUGAUCGUAGGAACUGGUACAAACGGGUGCUACGUGGAAGAACAGUGGGCAGCGGAAUUAUUCAACGAGCCUGAUAAAGGUUCCGGAGUUGUGAUAAUUAACAUGGAAUCGGGUGCUUUUGGCGACGACGGAGCGUUAGAAUUUUGCAGAACGGAUUACGAUAGAGAAGUGGACAACUCAUCGAUUAAUCCCGGAAAGCAGCUGCACGAAAAAAUGAUAUCCGGCAUGUAUUUGGGAGAAUUGGUCAGGCGUGUGGUCGAAAAGUUAACCAACGAUGGGAUUAUGUUCGAUGGCAAACUGUCGCCCGAUUUUGCCACUAGAGAUAAAUUCGAAACCAAAUUCGUUUCCGAAAUAGAAGCGGACAAACCAUGCAAAUAUGCAAAUGUGAAAAAAGUAUGCGAGGAUUUAGGUGUGACUUGGGCAAAAGAAAAAGAUUAUCAAGACCUUCGGUACAUCUGUGCUUGUUUCACUAAACGAGCCGCUUAUCUAGUGGCUUGCUCCAUUACUGUUUUAAUCAAAAAGAUGGGUUACAGGGAUAUUACAAUCGGCAUCGACGGCACGUUAUACAAAAAUCAUCCGCAUUUUCACAAAAUGCUCGUGCAUAAAGUGAAAAAUUUGCUAUCCUGGGAAUGGUACACUUUCAAAAUUGUUAAAUCGGAAGACGGUUCAGGUGUAGGUGCUGCGUUAGUAGCUGCUGCAGCUACUAAACCUCAAGCUGGCGAUGAAGUUUCAAGUAAUAAAGAAGCAAGUGAAGCAGUUGUACCAGAAGUUGGUGGUGAAGGGAAAUAAGACUAUUCGGUACGAUGUUAAUUAUUGUAAGAUUGUUUCAAUAAUUACGUUUCGAGCUCCCAUUAUUAAUUUGAUUUAUCGUGGCUUUUAAAUCUGUAAAGUUUUUGCGAAAUGAAAAGCGAUUUAUAAAGGGAGCAUAAAACUUCUUAAUUCUCAUAUUUCUCCCCGUUAAGACUUCUUAAACUUGGCUUAACAAAUAAACGCAAUUUAUUAUCUCUUCAUUUUAAUAGAGUACAUUUAACAGAACGGCGCUUUUAUCAUUAAUUACUGCAGACUACAGUUGUUGGCAGGAUAAACAUAGCCGAUAAAGCGAGACGGAGAGCGGUAAUAAAGACCAGUAAAUCAGUGAUUAUUCGCAGGCCAACAAUUUAAUUUCCGAAAUCCAUGCUUCCAUAAUUAGCGAAUAUAUCACAAAUUCAAAUUAACAGCGCUUAAUGGCGUCAAGCUGGGCUUCCGCCCCCGAAAAUAGGCAGUCGCCUGUGUUUUAACUUGUCCGUGUUAAUUUCCGAAGCCAGUGAUAGCCCCUCAUUUUACAUAAUUGAGUUGUAAUUGUUUAAUGGAGUGUACGUUUUCAAUGUUGGCCAAUUUACAUAUAUACCGGUUAAACGCUGCCGUUUUGGUGUUCUGAUAGAAUAUAUGACCGAUAGUUUUA